AUGGAUGGGAAGAGACAGAAGUCACCAUCAAGAUCCACGAGGACGCUAACGGAGGAUCUACACUGUGGGAGUCACCACGCCACGAUGAUGCAGUGUCUGAAGCUGGGUGCUCUGUCCCGUACUACAGCCAGCACCCAGAUGAACAUCCAGAGCUCGCGCUCCCAUGCCAUCUUCACCAUCCACCUGUGCCAAGUCAGAGUCUGCACUCCAGACGACAGCGAGUCCAAUGAGACAGACAACCGUCUGGCCAACGGUUCCUCUGAGAUCAACUCUGAGUUCGAGACGCUGACGGCUAAGUUUCACUUUGUGGACCUGGCCGGGUCGGAGAGACUAAAGAGGACAGGAGCUACUGGGGAUCGAGCCAAGGAAGGCAUCUCCAUCAACUGUGGACUGCUUGCGCUGGGUAACGUGAUCAGUGCUCUGGGGGACAGGAGUAAGAGGUCCACCCACGUGCCUUACAGGGACUCGAAACUCACCCGGCUACUGCAGGACUCUCUGGGAGGAAACAGUCAAACGGUGAUGAUAGCGUGUAUCAGCCCAUCUGACCGGGACUUCAUGGAGACACUGAGCUGUCUGAACUACGCUAACCGAGCCAGGAACAUUAAGAACAAGGUGAUGGUGAACCAGGACAAAGCCUCCCAGCAGAUAUCAGCUCUCAGGACUGAUAUUGCCAGGCUACAGAUGGAACUGAUGGAGUACAAGACGGGCAAGCGUAUGGUGGGGGAAGACGGCAUGGAGAGCAUCAACGACAUGGUCCAUGAGAACAGCAUGCUACAGACAGAGAACAGUAACCUGAGGAUCAGGGUGAAGGCUAUGCAGGAGACCAUUGACGCCCAGAGGGCCAGACUCACACAGUACCUCAGUGAUCAGGCCAACCAGGUUCUGGCCAAAGUGGGUGAGGGGAAUGAGGAAAUUGGAAAUAUGAUCCAGAACUAUAUCAAAGAAAUCGAGGAGCUCAGAGCCAAGCUCCUGGAGAGUGAGUCAGUGAAUGAGAACCUCCGUAAAACCCUGUCCCGUGCCAACACACGCUCCUCCCUGUACGCUGGUGGGGGCUCCUUCUCCCUCGCCCCCGAGAUAGUGGCUUCCGACAUCAUCGAGAUGGCCAAGAAAGAUCUGGAGAAACUCAAGAAGAAAGAGAGGAAGAAAAAGAAGAGACUGCAGCGGCUCGAGGAGAGUCACCAUGAGGUUAAGCUUCCCAGUGUGGUCAAGGAGGGGGUACCAGACAACGAACAGGAACGAGGCAACGACGAGGCUGAGGUGGAUGACCACGUCAGUGACCACGAGGAAGGAGAGGAGCUGGAGGGAGAAGAGGAGGAGUAUGAGAUGGAGGGAGAGGAGAGCUCGGACGAGUCAGACUCUGAAGAACUGGAUGAGAAAGAAAACUUCCAGGCGGAUCUGGCCAACAUCACGUGUGAGAUCGCCAUCAAGCAGAAGCUGAUAGACGAGCUGGAGAACAGCCAGCGCCGCCUGCACACGCUCAAACAGCAGUAUGAACAGAAACUCAUGAUGCUGCAGAGCAAGAUCAGAGACACACAGCUGGAGAGGGACAAGGUGCUGCACAACAUGGGUGGUAUGUGCUAUGUCGCUAGAUCUCAGAGCUCGGUGGAGACGUGCACGGAGGAGAAGGCUAAGAAGGUUAAGUUAGAAUAUGAGAAGAAGUUGAGCUCCAUGAACAAGGAGAUGCAGAAGCUACAGUCAGCCCAGAAGGAACACGCACGCCUCCUCAAGAACCAAUCACAGUACGAGAAACAGCUCAAGAAACUCAACCAGGAUGUGGCUGAGAUGAAGAAAACAAAGGUGGGUCUGAUGCGCCAGAUGAAGGAGGUGCAGGAGAAAAACAGAGCGUCAGAGUGCCGACGCAACCGAGAGAUCGCUACUCUGAAGAAGGACCAGCGCAAACAUGAGCUCCAACUGAGACAGCUGGAGGCUCAGAAGAGGCAGCAGGACCUGAUACUACGCAGGAAAAAUGAGGAGGUGACAGCUCUGAGGAGACAGGUGAGGCCCACCUCAGGGAAGGUGAUCAGAAAGGUGAGCCUACCGGAGCCCCUCCAGGAUCCUUCACACCGCGGCAUCCCAGGCAGACCUCACUCCGCUGGGGCAGCAGCCCCCAAUGGCACCCCAAGGAAGUACCCGUUGAGGACGAGUGUCUACACCACCAGGACAGCCCGGGCUAAAUGGCAGUCUCUGGAGAGACGCAUCACUGACAUCAUCAUGCAGAGGCUGACCAUCUCAAACAUGGAGGCUGAUAUGAACCGCUUCCUCAAGCAACGUGAGGACCUAACCAAGCGAAGGGAGAAGGUGUCUCGUAAGAGGGAGAAGAUCGCCACAGAGGGGACCGACACGGACCGAAGCAUCCAAUCUUUGAACGAAGAAAUGGAUGCCCUGGCGGCCAACAUCGACUACGUCAACGACAGCAUCGCUGACUGCCAGGCUAACAUCAUGCAGAUGGAGGAAGCGAAGGAGGAGGGAGACACAGUGGACAUUACCGCGGUGAUCAGCUCCUGUAACCUAUCAGAAGCCCGCUUCCUGCUUGAUCACUUCCUGCACAUGGCCAUCAACAAGGGUCUGCAGGCGGCCCAGAAGGAUUCCCAGGUGAAGAUGAUGGAGGGCAGGCUGAAGCAGACAGAGAUCAACAGCGCCACUCAGAACCAGCUGCUGUUCCACAUGCUGAAGGAGAAAGCUGAACUCAACCCUGAGCUGGACGCUCUGCUGGGCAACGCACUGCAAGCAGAGAAUGGAGAUGACAGCAGUAGUGAUGAGUCCUCUACCCCCAGCCCAGCCACAGAGGGAAGUUUAUUGGCCUCUGACCUCCUGAAACUGUGUGGAGAGGCCAAACCUAGGAAGGCACGCAGAAGGACAACCACCCAGAUGGAGCUGCUGUAUGCUGGUAGUGGUGAAUUUGACUCCCCUACGGGGGACUUCUCUGCCUCCCUGCUACCCCUGGUAGAGGCCCAGGAAGGGACAGGGGACACGGGGACAGUAGCAGGACAUCUCGGGGACAGGGAACUCACUGUGUCCCCCUCAGCACUGUCCACCAGGAUAGCUGGACUUUCUGGAGUGUGGUCUUCUAUGGGAGCUGAGAGGAGAUCACUGGAACGCUCGCCUCUAACACCCAGGAGGAUGCUAGAGAAGGGAGGACAACCCCCCUUAGACAUCAAGGAACACACACCUAUGGACCCCAAGGGUCACCCAGCACGAGAGACAAAGUCACACAUACCCACAGCCACAGAGAAGACCAAAAUCACAGACACCAAACCAACGUUGGAAGAGUCACUUAUAUAUCAAGGACAAAGAGGGGUGAUCAACCCCGUGUCAUCCCCUAAGAGCAGCCAUGCUGCCAGACUACAGUGUGUCUAUGUGGCUGAGGGACACACCAAACCUGUCAUGUGUGUCGACUGCACUGAUGACCUGCUCUUCACUGGCUCUAAAGAUCGUACGUGUAAGGUUUGGAACCUGGUGACUGGUCAAGAGAUCAUGUCUCUGGGAGAUCAUCCCAGCAGUGUGGUGUCUGUUAGAUACUGUUCCAGCCUGGUCUUCACUGUCUCCACCGCUUACAUCAAGGUCUGGGACAUCCGAGACUCCGCCAAGUGCAUACGCACACUCACGUCUUCGGGCCAGGUGAGUACAGGGGACAGCUGUGUGUCUCUCAGGUCCCUGUCCAUCCCUCCAGGAGAGAACCAGAUCAACCAGAUUUCUCUGAACCCUACGGGAUCCUACCUCUACUCCGCCUCUGGCAACUUAGUCCGCAUGUGGGACCUCAGGAAGUUUGUGUCUACUGGGAAGCUGACUGGUCACCUGGGUCCAGUCUUGUGUCUGACCGUCGAUCAGAUGGGCAACGGACAAGACGUGGUCCUAACGGGGUCCAAGGACCACACCCUUAAGAUGUUUGAGGUGACGGAGGGUGUCCAGGGCAGCAUUGUGUCCUGUCACAACUUUGAGCCACCACACCAGGAGUGUAUAGUCUCUCUGGCUGUUCAGGGGAACAGCCUCUACAGCAGCUCCAGAGACUACUGCAUCAAGAAGUGGGACCUGUCCCGGAAACGAUUAGUACAGCAGGCGGCGAGCGCCCACUCUGACUGGGUAAGUGCACUGGGUGUUGUGCCAGGGUGCCCGGUAGUGCUGAGUGCAGACAGGGGAGGUCUGCUGAAGCUGUGGCACGCUGAUACCCUGGCACCGCUAGGAGACCUGAGGGGACACGACAGCCCUGUUAACGGAAUGGCUACCAACAGCAGCCAACUAUUCACUGCCUCAGAUGACCGGACAGUGAAGAUCUGGCAAGCAAAUGGUUCUUUGGAGGAAGGGAUCCAUUGACACUGAGAAGGAGACCUCUGGACUGUGACUGGACGCAACUCUGGGGACCUACUAGAUUACUCUGGAUCUAAUACAGCCUAUGGAUCUAUUGCUGCCUGCUGGAUCUACUACUCGAUCUAGUUGCUGCUGCUCUGCACAAUGAUCCAUGGAUGAAGGACGUCCGAAGAUGGUCACAGGGCAGAUGACCAGCCCUGACAUACAUAUGACCCCUUGAGUUCACCAACAUAGGACGUUCACUCAACAAGGUUGGAGGAGAGUAACACAACAGUCACGGUAUUCACCUGAAGAAAAGUGAAACUCCAGUGUGAUGCCCCUGGUUCUGCUUCAUGCUGUAUCCUCUCUAUACAUAUCGUAGAGGAAUCAUCCACUACAGUGCGUGGAAUCAUCUCUCUGUGUUAGGAGGGGGGGGGGUCUUCUAAAUAAAGGCCCUAUGGAGGUUGGUCUUACUUCAGCUGUUACUGCCAAACCCUUUGGGAGACUCAUAUAGCCUUAGUGGGGAAUAGGGAUGUCUCAGUAGGAAUAGCACAGUGACCUAGCUACAGAAACAAAGCUCAAUGAGGGUGUGUCGUCAUCACACCACAAAUGCGAUUGUGGAUUUUCAUCUCAACCAAAUUCAAGUGUUGCUUUUAAUGUUGUUACCUGCAGAUUGUCGGUGACCUAAGUACAAACCUUCUCUGUGUUGUGGUAAGUGGUCUUACUCUUUUUGUAUCAUGCAAGUACAUUCAAACCUCAAACUACCAAAAGUGGUUUGAUCUUUAAUUUUCUGUCAAAAUGUUUGUAUUUAUGUGUGUUUUCAUGGCGACUUUGAAACCUCCAAAGUUCUGAGCUUCCAUUUCAUGUUGUAUCCAAUGGCCUGCGUCAAUCAUUUCAGAGCCCAGGUAAAGUGAGGUUACCUGUGCACAGGCGUAUGCCCUAUCUUAAAUCAACUCAGUUUACACAGAUUUGCAGAUGUUAUCACAGGUGCAGCGAAAUGUUUGUGUUUCUAGCUCCAACAGUGCAGUAAUACUUAGUAAUAAAACAUUUCUGAGUGAGUUUUCCUGUGCCCACGUAUUCCAUUCCCCCAAUCUGAUUUAGGAACGGGCUGGACAGAAUAGAACAAAACAGAGGUGUGUGUUAUUAUCAGUGCCUGUCAAUUUUAUACUGUAGAUACAGUAGUACAGUAUCACAACCUAAUCUGUGUGGACUAGCCCAGGAUCCCUAGAUUGGGAUGACAUAGGUUAUAUGACCACAUCUUUAUGUAAAUAAGAAUCUGUUUUUCUUCCUCCUGGACAACUUGCGCGCAAAUUCCGACUUUUUAGUGAUUCUUAUUUCAGAUGCAGUGUGGAAAUAAAUGUCCUCUGUCAAAAAUAA